AUGGCUCGCAAUGAGACUCCACUAUCGGCCUCAUUACAAGACAAUACAUCGGUGCUGGUGGAGUACUAUUUCAAAGAAGUGUGCGGGAUGAUGUCUUGCUACGACAGCAAGUUGAACCCAUACAGAACGACCAUUUCCAAUCUCUGGAGUAAUUCGCCAUCGCUCUACUACGUUACCCAAAGCAUGGCUGCGGCUUGCCUAGCCGAAGUCUCGCCAGGCCUUUCCGCAGCCAGUAGCCGACUUCGAGACCAGGCAGUAAACGCUCUAUGGAAAGAAAGUAGAGCAGGUCCAACGGAUACAUCAUCACUGUUGGCAUUGGUCAUGCUAGGCUUCAGCCUCUGCUGGCAUGAUCCGUCUAAACUCGGCCAAUCCGAGUUCGAAUUAUUGGCAGAGACGCUCAUCCAUCUCGAAGCCCAACAAGAUAACUUGGCCAUGGCGGACAAGCAGAAACGCUUCUUCUUUUAUAAUUCUCUCGUCUACUGGAGGAUGCUGCUUUCCUUCGUCACCGACCGAGAGUUGCCUUCGGCGGCAUCCACUGGCGCCGUUCAGCCACAGCCGCCUCGGUUUCCCAAUCGAAAUGACACAAGGAUGCCACACCCGCAGACAGGUCUUGGAGUAGAGAUGCUAGAGGUUGUGGGGCAAGUCGGGGCACUCGUCAGAAGAGAAAGAAAACGGAUCCGUCGCCGCCAGCAUUCAUCCAGGCACGACAUCGAGCAGUCCGUCGCCGCCAUACAGACAGCGGAACAACUCCACUCGCGGCUUUGCAAGAUUGAACUUCCAACAGAGGUUACAGUCAUGGACUCGGGAGAUGAUAUGACACCAACAGACCAUCUGUUAAAAGCUGCAGAGGCGUACAGGUGUACGGGACUGCUGCAACUCUACCGCAACUUUCCUGAUUUGCUCUUGCAGGACACGGCGACUGCCAGUCCGUCAGCCUGGCUGGAUAUACCCGGAGAGUCAGAAUCCAGCCUUUCGGACAAUCCAGAAACUCUCCACGGGACGUGGCUGACCUGUCUUGCUCUACAUAUCCUCGACCUUCUACAAGAUAUUCCAAUCACGUCGCGAUCUCGGUCCAUCCAGCCACUGCUGUUGGUAAGCAUCUGCAGCGAGCUUUCUAUAACUCGCGAGUUUUCUUCGUUAGCUUCUUUGGGAGGCAAGCCUGUGAUAAGCUUUGCUACCAGUCCUAGGCUGAGGGAAAAGCCAACCAUGAUCGACAUUUUACACGCUAGACGGCUGGUCCUGUCGCGUCUUGCGUCGUUCGAGGGCAUCUUGGCAGCGAAGCCUAUACGACAAAUGACGCUUCUUGUAAGAGAGACUUGGUCAUGUAUGGAUGAGAAGCAGAAGGACGUGUACUGGAUGGAUGUCAUGGUGGAGAAGGGUUACGAAACGUUGAUGGGAUAG